CCUUGAAAACAACCCGGUUUGUAGUCGCUAAAAAUACAGAUAACGCUAAAUUGUGGAUAGUACAGAACUUCCGUUACUGUAGCUAGCUGUCAUUGCAGUAUGAAGUGAGCACGGUCUUGUUGGAUUGAGAGGAACAUCUUCACCGUGUUAUCCGUGUCCAGUCCUAAAAAAUGGAGACUCUAAUUCCCAUCAUCAAUCGGCUCCAGGAAGUCUUCCUGACAGUGGGGGCAGAGAUCAUCCAGCUGCCUCAGAUAGUGGUGGUUGGCUCACAGAGCAGCGGCAAGAGUUCUGUGUUGGAGAGCUUGGUUGGAAGGGAUUUUCUGCCUCGGGGAUCAGGCAUAGUCACACGGCGACCCCUAGUGUUGCAGCUGGUGAAUGUGCCUCCAUUGGCAGAGAGGAGACUGCAAGAAAAUGGGAUCAAGGCUGAUGAAUGGGGCACGUUCCUUCAUAGCAAGAACCAGAUUUUCACAGAUUUCUUGGAGAUUCGCAAGGAGAUUGAAGAAGAGACUGAGCGUAGCUCAGGAGGCAACAAGGGAAUCAGCCCUGAGCCCAUCUAUUUGAAGAUUUUCUCUCCUUAUGUCCUCAAUCUCACACUGGUUGAUUUGCCAGGAAUAACCAAGGUUCCGGUUGGAGAUCAGCCAGAGGACAUAGAAGCUCAAGUCCAAGAGAUGAUCCUAUCCUUCAUCUCCAACCCCAACUCCCUUAUCCUCUCAGUGUCUCCUGCCAACUCUGACUUGGCCACCUCUGAUGCCCUCAAACUGGCCCGCGAGGUCGACCCGGAUGGCCGCAGAACACUGCUGGUGAUCAGUAAGCUGGACCUGAUGGACGCAGGGACAGAUGCUCUGGAGGUCUUGCUGGGUCGGGUCAUUCCAGUGCGGCUCGGAAUUGUGGGAGUGGUCAACAGGAGCCAGCAUGACAUCAACACCCAGAAGAGCAUAGAGGACACGGCACGGGACGAGCAGGCCUUCCUCCAGCGCCACUACCCGUCUCUGGCCUCCCGCUGCGGCUCCCGCUACCUGGCUCGCACCCUGAGCCGCCUGCUCAUGCACCACAUCAGGGACUGCUUGCCGGAGCUGAAGAGGCGUGUGACGGUGUUGAGUGCCCAGUACCAGUCCCGGCUCAGCAGCUACGGCCAGCCUGUAGAGGACCACAGCGCCACCCUGCUACAGAUCGUCACCAAGUUCGCCAGCGACUACUGCAACACCAUCGAGGGCACCGCCACGCACAUCCAGACAUCUGAGCUCUGUGGGGGGGCUCGGAUCUGUUACAUAUUCCAUGAGACCUUUGGCCGCACUCUUCAGUCUAUUGACCCCCUGGGGGGCUUGACGGAGCUCGACAUCCUCACUGCAAUCCGCAAUGCUACGGGUCCGCGGCCGGCCCUCUUUGUACCUGAGAUCUCCUUUGAGCUGCUGGUGAAGAGGCAGAUCAAGCGUCUGGAGGAGCCCAGUCUGCGCUGUGUGGAGCUGGUCCACGAGGAGCUGCAGAGAAUCAUCCAGCAUUGCUCCUCCUACAGCACGCAGGAGCUCCUUCGGUUUCCCAAGCUGCACGACUCCAUUGUGGAGGUGGUGACUAGUUUACUCAGGAAGCGCUUGCCCAUUACUAAUGACAUGGUCCACAACUUGGUUCAAAUUGAGCUUGCUUACAUCAACACAAAGCACCCAGACUUUACCGAUGCUGCUCAGGUCUCAGCAUCUGUCAACAGUCAACAGGGCCUGCAGGAUGGAGAUAAAUGCUGGAUGAAUGAGAAGGUGGCUGAGGAGAAGGCACCAGUGGCAGGUUUCAGCAGCCCUGUUAAGGGCCAGGCCAUCAACCUCCUGGACACAGCGGUGCCGGUGUCCCGAAAGCUGAGUUCCCGGGAGCAAAGAGACUGUGAGGUCAUUCAACGCCUCAUCAAAUGCUACUUCCUCAUCGUCCGCAAGAGCAUUCAGGACAGUGUGCCCAAGACGGUGAUGCACUUCCUGGUGAACUUUGUGAAGGAGCGUCUGCAGAGUGAGCUGGUGGGCCAGCUGUACAAACAGAACCUGCUGCAGGGGCUGCUCAUUGAGUCCCAAGACACAGCACAACAGAGGACAGAGGUGGCCCAGAUGCUGGAGGCUCUCCAAAAAGCCAGCAACAUCAUCUCAGAGAUCCGGGAGACACACCUGUGGUAGCCCAAUGCAACUGACCGUGUGUGUGUGUGUGUGUGUGUGUGUGUGUGUGUUAUGGUAAUGUAUGGCAAUACCACUGAGCUCAUACUGUCCAUUAAACAUCCAGCCGUCCUUUUUGUUUGUCCAGGAUUUGGUCUAUUGUGUCUCACUGAAUAUAGUGAUGAGACCAACACACUCAGGCAGAGCUGGUCCAUUGUGUUGAGAUGUCUUUAAUGUGAAAGAGAACCAUGAUCAAAAACAAUUUUGUUUUUGUUGCAACAAUCGUCUGUCUAAAUGUCUGUCUUGCCUUUUGGUUGUCAAUGUGUUGUAUAUCAUGUGGAGUAUUACAUUGUUUUCCUGAGUCUUUCUUGCAUCUGAUCAUGACACAGGUUGUGCUGCUGCAUUUGUUUCCAUUGAUUAGGUAUCUAUUUGUGAAAGGGUGAUCUCAAACCAUGACUGCUUGAUACGCAUGUAACAGUUUCUGAACGUAUGUAGAGUAAGUAUAAUCAGUCAGUAUCAGGUUUCCCCUUGUUUUAAGCAACGUUAUGUAAAGUUGAACAGAGGGUGACAACCCAACCUGAGGUUGAACAGUGGGCAUUGUCUGCAAUGUGAUGUUGGAAUAUGAUCCUUUUCUUCAGGGAUGCUGCAGAGGUUUGGUUUGACCUGGUCUACAGUGCGCCUGGGUAUAGUAGUUGUACCCUAGAGCAGACGUAUGUUCUUUACGUGUGUCGCAUUUAUGUAUCGUUCCAGGUGUACGGUUGCACUGUUUGUGCAUAUUUAAUCCUAUAACAAAGUUGUACGUUCACAACAUAGAGUACAGUGUUCCUUUUCUCCGUAUGAAGUUUCUAGUCAGACUCUUAUUUCGCAUGUUGUUGGAUAACUGAAACCACAUUUAAGAAUAGCACCCACAAAGAGUUGAAUAGGUGUGUGUGUAUAUAUAUAUAUAGAUAUUGUAUAGCUAGCUUGUCAGGAGAUGCAGAAUAGUUGGUUGAGUCCAGCAAUUUGAGGGCCAGGGGUAUAGCGAUUCAUUGUAGAAAGGUACUUAGCCAACGGAAAGUUAAAAUAAUUUUCAAAAUCUCAGAAUGCAUUGAAAUAUUGUACCCCAGUUCCCCCCCCCCCCCCCCCCCCCCCCCCUUAAAUGAACCCAUGUAUGCAGUGUGCCUCAGAGAGAGGGGGCUGUUGCUGGGGUGCCACCUCUUCUGAAGACUAUCCUUAGGCCUGCUUCUACCCAGAUGACAGGGAUGUUGGAGGUGUAAGAGACCAACAUUGUUUCUGAUUUGAACUUGUGCAUGCAGCUGUAAUUAUAUUCUCAUUUUGUUGAUGUAGUUCCCCAAGGGAAGUAUGCCCUGCAGCCUUUUAUUUGUGAUUCAGUACCAAUUGCGUGCCGUUAGUGUAUCUUCCAUUUAGAAUUAGAUUCUAAAGUUUCUCAAAUAAUUUAUAGCGUAAGUGUGCAUCGGUUUUUGUAUGUCAUGGAAAUGUUCCCAAAGGAUGAUGAGCAUUAUUCAGAAAGCCUUAAAGGAACAGGUACCAAGCACCAUCUAGCAGAAACACUGACUUCUAUGUGAUCAAGGAGAGCACGGUGUCUAGUCUGUCUUUCUGAAAGGACUGUGUGUGUGUACGUAUGUGUGAAUGUCUUUAAGUUUUUCUAUCUGAAUGAGACUGUGUUUUCUAUUUAAAUGAAUAUCUUACAUCUUUACAUACUGCCUGGAAGUGCUUGACUGCCAAUAUUUGUGAUACAUGUAAGUUGAUAGAAUAAUAUCUGUUCAGAUGGGACUCAUUAAACUCUUAACAACA